AUGGAGUAUUACUCUCCUCCUGACCUCGUCGUCGCCCUUGCCGGCUCAUUUAUGGACACCCUCUUCGUGCUCGGCCAGGAGUCCCGGCUGCGCAUCCUCCAGCAGGCAGCGGCGCGCGUCCCCGGCUGCGCCUACCUCUGCGCCUGGGCCGCCAUCCCUGCCCAGCCCCACCACCCAGCUGCUUCGUCUUCUUCCUCUACCUCGGCAGCAGCUGCCACCAGCGCCCGUCUUCUGUGCUGCCUCGACGCAUGGCUCUGCGACGGCGGUGGUGACCGGUCCAGCCUCGGUGACGCCCGCCGCCUGCGCGCGCUCUUCGACGCCUACCGGGGCUCCCUCUGCCCACCCGUCGCCGGGUGCGUGCCGGGGUGGGCGUACAAGGACGGCCGCGCGUACAUGGAGCUGCCGGCGCACGACCUCUCAUUCUCGACGUCGCUGCCAGUGCAGCAGCAGUUCUAUCAGAUGGCGGCGUUCAUGGGAUGCGAGAGCGGCGAGAUCGAGAUCGGCAUGUCGACGGCGGCAAGUAGCGGCGGAUCCCCGAGGAGCCUGGAGUCCACCUUGCAGCAGGUUUUCUCGGAGGACUUCUUCCAGCAAUCGCUGCUCGAGGAGCUGCUCCAGCUGCCACCGACGCGGCCAUCGUCGCCGUCGUCCUCUCUGCCGUCCGUCUCCGUGGGCAGCCCAGCGGCCGAUGUCUCGACGUCGCUCCAACGCACGGUGGCCGUGGCGCCGGCGCCGUCCUCCGUAGAGCGACAGGCGGCGCCGCCAGUGGCACCGCCUCCUCCGCGCCCGCCGCUCCCCUUCGUCCGGCACGGCGGGCCCGGCCACGUCUGUUUCCCGAGCGCCGAAGCCGACGACGCCGCGAUGGCGCAGGCCAUGCUCGACGUCAUCUCCGCCUCGUCUUCCUCGGCGCUGCCCACUCCGCCGUCCACGGCCACGGCGCCUCCUCCUCCUCCUCCGGGAAACCACCACCGCGCGCGGCGGUGGGGUGCGGCGACGGAGUUCCGGGCGUACAACGCGGCGCUGGCGCCCAGGGCGCCGUGGCGGCCGCCUGGCGCGCCAGGGCAGCGCAUGAUCAAGAUGGGCAUCUCCAUCCUGAGGAGGAUGCACAUGCUUAGGUUCAGCCGGGAGCGCACUGCUGGUGGCACCACGACCAUGGCGCAGCGGGGACGGGAGGGAGAGGAUGACCCGUCAUCGUCGGCAGUGCCGUCGAGCAGCCAGCUCAACCAUAUGAUAUCGGAGCGGCGGCGGCGGGAGAGGCUCAACGAGAGCUUCGAGGCGCUUCGAGGCUUGCUCCCGCCGGGAUCAAAGAAAGACAAGGCUACCGUGCUGGCCAAGACGCUGGACUACAUGAACAUUCUGGUAGCCCAAAUAGCCGACCUGGAGGCGAAGAACCGGAGCCUGGAGAGCCGAGCUCACCACCACCAUCGGCACGCCAAUGGCGGCUCGUCGUCGUUGGAGCAACGAGUAGUGGUUCUGCAGGGGCUGAUGAGCGGCACGCCGUCGUCGUCGGAGAGGGUGCAGGUCCACGUGACGGGCGCCGGCGGCGACGUCAGCGGCAUGUCGACCUCGUCGUCGUCGUCAGCGGGACUGCCGCCGCCCGGGCGAGAGGUGGUGACCGUGCGUGUGCACGCGCGGGUGGCGCAGGGCGACGUGGCGGAGCUGGUGGCCCGCGCGCUGGCCGUGAUCAAGGACAUGGGGUGCUUCGCGGUGGUGGCCGUCAACGCCGGCCGGCCCAGCGAUGGCGGCGGUGAUGUUGCUCAGGCCACCUUCACGCUGCGAGCAACGGCGGGCGAGUUCGACGCGGCGUCGCUGAGGGAGGCUGUGAGGAAGGCUGCCGAGGAUUCCGCGACACCGCCGUCGGACGACUCGUAG